GUUUCACAAUGUCAGAAUAUUUGUUUAGGUAUAUAGUAAUGAGAUCUAUACAGGUGUACUGAGAAGGAACAUUAAAUCUAGAUAACGAACUAAUCACGUCAUGUAGAUCGAUCUUUACUGGGAGCAGAAGCUAAGGAGGAAGAUCAAGAUAUAAUGACAAAUAAUCAUUAUGCAAGACAGACAAAAUGAAAGUUGAAGAAGCAAUUUAAGGAUACUCCUAAGAAGCAUCCAGAACAGACGACAUGUUUGCAGUAGAAAGAACUCUUUUGUUAUUAUUUUUAUAUCAUUUAAACGUCGCAAAAGAAAAUUAUAAACGGAGUUUUGGGACACAUUUUCUGGCGACAUAUCCAGGACUGCCUUACAGAUACACUAGCCAAUCAGGAUUUCCCAAAGUAAUAUUUUACGUCUUCAAGCACAGCGAUUCAAACGUGGUAAUUAUUUUAGAAUCUCUUAGGAUGCAAAACGUGUCUCAGUUACGUCAUGUAUUCACACUAGCCAAACCUGCAGACGUAGACUCUUUUAGUUUGCCUGACCAAUACAUAACGAAAUCUGCUAAUGACAAACGUGGGACGUUUCAGCUAAGAAGUGCAUCCGUCUUCGGGGUCAACAUGCUGAUCAUUGUGGACAUGCAAUCCAUUGCAUUGGUUCAUCUGACUAGCACCUACUCAUGGGACCGGAAAUAUAUCGCCUUCACUCUGAGGGAGAACCCAACCAUAAUAAUAGUCAAUGACCACUGGCUGAACAAGGUCAAGUUUAUCAUUAAAUCCGACUCCGGCCAGGAGAUAGAGACGGCUAAAAACAUUUAUCAUCCUGGGAACACAUACAAAAUACACCUUGAAAGUUUUGAAAGUUAUGAGAUUGCAGACUGCAGUGAGAAAAAAAGAUUCGACAGCUGGACAGGGACAGUUCUUGAGGGACUCGAGUACUUUGGCGUGAUCUCUGGAAGCUGUGAGUCUUCCGUCACAGCUGUGCAGUGUGACAACACCAGCAUCAUGUAUGACAACGACACCUCUAAAGAUAUUGCAGCCGAAAUGUUGCUUCCGACGGUCAUCUCUGGGAAAGAGUUCAUCACUCUGAAUGAGCCCAACAGGAACGCUCCUGGUGUCUUGGUUUUGGUGGCUGUGGAACCAGAGACCACAGUCAAGCAUUACAUGGAUAACCUAGGUGGAGCUAAUCUAUACUCUUUGGUGAAACUGGGCGACCACAAGACGAUCGAUGCUACCCAAUACGCGUCUUUCCUGACCAGCGACAAGGCUAUUCAGGUCUAUUACGUCAUGAGAUCUUUGUGUAAAGGCCCUGGCCCUUAUGAGAUUGGCGACGCCAGCGUGACUAAACUGAUACCUAUGCAGUUGUUUUAUCACAUAUACGUUCUGUACACGUUUACCAUUACCAGCACGUCGGACAAAAACGACUACUCCAGAGAUUACAUCGUUCUUAUUGUGCAUCACGACCUCAUCUCCCACAUGGUCAUAGACGGACAUGAAGUCUCCGAAGAGAGGCAUUGGUACCCAGUAGUGGGGAAACCCGGCUGGCAAAUAGCUCACUUGAAGGCACUGCCUGGACUUCAUAUCGUGAAGGCGAGAAUCAGCGCAACCUUCGGCUGCUACACAUAUGGGGGCAGCAAAGGUUUCGGCUACCUAACAACAACCGACCACUCGACAGACAAGAUAAGCGAGUUCUGCAUCCAUUCCGUGAAGACCAUGACGCCAGGUGACUACGAAGACAACGAUUGUGACGGAAGGAGCGAUGAGGAAAUCCCAGACGCCUUAGACACUGACGACGAUGGUGCCGUUGAUGAGGACUUACAAGGUUUAGUUGGCUUUGUCACCACGAUGUCAACUCGCUUUGUGUUUACCAUCCCUGGAAUUCUUCUGGCCCAUGUCAAUUUGGAAUCAGCUUUACAGGUCUCAAUGUUUACAAUGCAAGGUCCAGUGGUGAUAAGACUUAACACACAUCAUUUUGGUUCUCUCAACAUGACAGUACUAGUAACUAAACAAAAGCCUGAGUUAAUAUCGCCUGGUCAGUUCCCGACAUAUGACAGAGGUCACAAAGGCACUUACAGCGCCCUUGGCAACGGCACGUUUGGACUGAUGGUCUCUGCCUCACAGACACGCUACUCCUUGGAUAUUUUCACCGCCAUUCCUGUGGAAAGUUGGGAUAAAGAUUAUAUCGCUGUCACUGUUGGGCAGAAUCCUUCACUGGUGAUUGUCGCUGAUGUGGCAGUGAGUGUCACUGUACGGAUGCGAAGAGAUGGCAGACAUAGACCUAUUGCAAUUCUACAUUCGAAUCGUGUUCAUGUGUCGGGCAGCGAUAUCGUCAUAAGUCUUCGCAGUUAUCAGUCGUAUGAAAUAUCUGAAUGCAAUUCGAGGGACAUUGUAGCCACUUUAACAGGUUCAGUGCUGACAGGUAGUCGCCCGUUCGGUGUGGUCUCAGGAAGUUGCCGGUCCAUUUCUCGAGGUUAUGAAUGUGAACAAGAACAUUUUGGUGAAUCAAUGGACUUUACUGCAGAAAUGUUGAUGCCCAAAUCGUCCUUCGGGAAAGAGUUCAUUGUCGUCUCAUACAACUUCCCCGAGUACAGCGGAGAGUUGGUCGUGGUGGCUUCCGUCAACGACACAUCUUUCCAGAUCGCCAGGGACAACAAUGGCGGAGCAGACGCCUAUACUCUUGAUGACCCAGGGGACUGGUUGAAGUUAGAUCUCACGAACGUGACUGGACUUCUGCUUAGUAACAGGCCGAUCCUCGUGAUGCACUACUUCAGAGUCCGCUGCGCUGCGGACAGAUUCCGCCGAAGUGACCUUGGCGAUCCCAGCCUUGGACUCCUGGUGCCGAGUGUUUUGUUUUUCCAUGAGUACACGUGGAACGUAUUUGACAACACCGAAGAUAAACUUUCUCAUUUCGCUUUGGCCAUAUUCGCAGCCCGAUAUGCUGCCUCUUUACGACUCAACUCGGUCAAAAUUACCAUGAACAACACCCGUAAAGUGAUGGGACUCCCUGGUUGGGUGACGAGCAGCUUCAUGCUUCCUUCUACAGGAGUCUACACUUUGGAGUCAGACAUUUUCGCUGUCUUUGGUCUGUAUGUCUUCGGGCGACACAAGCAGGUCACCUACCUGACCUUUGCUGGAUCAAUUAUGUCCAAAAUCAACACGCUUUGUCAUCGAACUGAUAUGCUGGUAUGCGACGACAUAGAUAACGACUGUGAUGGAAGAAUAGAUGAAGAGUUACUCUGGGAAAAAGAUGACGAUCUUGACCACAGAAAGAGCGAAGAUGUCUGUUACAACCCCCAACCAAAACGAAGCCCGCCUCCUGAUACACUUUCAACCAAUAUGACACUUUCAUCGGUACCUGUAACACCUGAGAUACACAGAUUUGUCAAUAUUAAAGGCCGGGGCACAGCACCUGGAAGCGGCGACAUGAGACCUACAGAAUUUCCUUUUGUACAAGAUCCUGAACAUAUUGGCUACUGGAGCGAUUGGAGGUGUACCAGAAAUUGCAGAGAUUCGAAUCAACAUAGACAUAGAUCAUGUUUACCAACGGAAUCACUAAAAGGCAACAAGGAUUGCUACAAUCUUGAAGAGAAAAGACCAAGCCACUGUUAUAUCGGAGUCACUUGCCCCUCAGAUUGCUCUAAAUUCACCUGGGGACCAGGCUGCAAGAACAACUGCAGUAACUGCCAAGAGGACUGCGACCCUUUCUACGGCAACUGCACAAGAUGUCGGCCCGGUUACAUGUUCCCUAUUAACGGUUGCCAUGAUCCGUGUGACGCAAUGUCCUACGGUCAAGACUGUGAAGAGAGCUGCUUAAGGUUAUGUGGUGGGGAGUGCCAGGAUCACGUGACAGGAGCGUGCCCAAAUAUAUACAGAUGGUAUCUCUAUCUCCUGUGGCUGCUUAUAUUAAUUCCCAUAUCUCUGGCCAUCUAUCUAAGAGGGAGCUACGCCAAAGAGUGACACCAAGAAACGUCUGCUGAAACUGAUCCCUGUGUUACAUACAUCAACUUAGUAACAGUUGAACCAUUCGCUGACCUAAAUAGAAUAUACUUGAUAACAAACUACAAUUGUGUCUUAUCUUAUCUUAUUGUAAAAUACAGACGUUACUUCAAAAAAGAAGAUGAUGAUUACGUCCUACGCGUCAUGCAUCUAGUAAUGCGUUUUAACCAAUGACUUAAAU